AUUUGAAUAUCGGAGGACCUCGUCACACGUCACCACAUGUGCUGGUCUUUACAGAACUAUAUAUUUAAAUUUCUAGUGUUUUCUCAUAAACUCGAGACUUAUUUAUUAUUAAAUACGAACAUUUGCAUCCGUUCUUUACUCGAAAAAAUUUUAAAAAAAGAGUCGCAAAAUGAACAACCAGAUGGGACUCGAAAUUUUAAGUUCAAUUCUUCAAAGAAUGUCUUACCCAAACUUGGUGUUGUCAAAAAAUGAGGACAGUUCUUAUGGCAUUGAUGUAAAAGACCUUCACAGAUUGCUGCUGAAAGGCUGCCACAAAAUGCAGAAACUAAACAAAGGCCAAGAACUCAGUCAAGUGGAUCUGGAAUCUUUGGAAGGGAUUCAUCUGACAGUGAAAACCUUAACUGGUAAAAUAAUAAAAAUCAAGAUAAAGCCUACAGCAAGCGUACAAAAGCUGAAGGAAAUAAUAGAGAAUCUGGAAGGUAUUUCAGUAAACAAGCAAGCUCUCAUUUUUCAAAGCAGAAAAAUGAAAAAUGAAGAUAUACUAGAAGAUGUUGGGGUUCAAGAAGGUAGCAUUUUGUUUAUGAUUCUGGUUCUUCGUGGAGGAGGACCUGGUAUCAUGUUGUCUCCCACCGUUCUAUUAGACGAGCGGUUCCAUUUUGAUUUCACUUCCAUCACCGAUAAAACAAGUUACAACAGAGGAGGCUUGGCCUACAUUCGUCCAUGUGGAUGGAGACGUUACGCAUUGAAAGUUCAUGGCAAGUACAACGAUGACAUUUGGCUGUUGGGGAAAAGCAAACGUCCAGAUCAGUACUCGUCUGCCGAGAAAGAAUGGCCCGUCUCCUAUCACGGAACUUCGUACAACAAUGGACUGUCCAUAGCCGAGGAAGGAUACAGAUUGAGCAAAUGCAAACGUUUCAAACAUGGUUACGGCAUUUAUUCGACUCCUGACAUAAACGUUGCCUUAUUAUAUGCCGAAACAAGAAAGCAAUCAGAUGGGAAAAUCUACAGGGUCGUUAUUCAAAAUCGUACCAAUCCCAAGACUUUGGUUAAAAUCGACAAAGCUGAAACUGGAGUCGGUGAGUAUUGGAUCUCUCCGAGUGAAGAAGAUAUCCGCCCUUACGGUUUUUGCACGCGGGAAUGUUGAAUUUGUAAAUGUUAGAUCCGCUCGCUUAAAUUCACCGAGUUGAAAUUGUUUUACGCAUUAAGACUUGUUAUGUCAAUAAAGAUUCUCAAACAAAGAA